AUGGCCGACGUAUCUAAGAGUCUUACUCUCCUCUCUAUAACGAGUAAAAAAAUUUGCAAUAUUAGGAGUGAGCUUAAUAUUUUUCUUCAAAAAUCCUAUUGACGAAAAGACACUUUUUUGGCCAGAAAUGGCUUAUUGCGAUCUCCUGACAAUUUAUUGACCAAGAAUAAAAUUAUCUAUCCUUCGACAAAGGAAAAAUUGGAUAGCAUUUGAAGCAAAUUUAUUGAAAAGUGCAAGUGGUUCUGCUUCUAAUGUUAAUUAGAUUAGAUUGAUUAAGUGAGAAUAAGUCUUCGGGGUAUAUUUCAGCCCUUCACCGCCUUCGCCGAUUUUAGACUCUUUUUCCUAGGUAUCGGUUUGCACUUACCCCCUUUUCUUGGCAUCACCUAAAAACGGUGAUGUCGCUAUCUCUCGGGGAGAUGCACCCAGGUACAAUUCCUAGCAGUUGGCAUGAUCUAUCCGAGGAUAGAGAUAGGGCACCGCCCCGAAUUCUCCUUCGGUCCCCAUUACCCUUCGUAUUCAGCAGAUGGGAGUUGCCACGUGGACUCUGGUUCCCUUAUAUAUGGUAUGGGGUUAAAAACCCUGUUGUGGUGCCCCACCAGGGAGAAAAGCCCACCCCGGGCACGUGCUCCAGGCUCCGGCUCUCUUUGACUCAAAACCCUCGAGGUUAUGAGAGAAGGGCUGGCCGAAUAAGUUGUCAUUUUUAUUUGGGCUUCUAAUGUUAAAGAAAAUGAAAAUUUACAGGUUUUUAGGAUGGGAAAUAAUAAUAAAUUUUACCAGAAUUUAUUAUUUUAGAUUAGACUGGGAUCUUAUCGGAAAACUAACUCUUGAUUAGACUCAAACUGAUUGAUAUCAGAAAUAUUUUAGAAUUUAUCAGAAUUAUUUGGGAAAGCCUCUUAGAAGGCGAAAUUAAUUCUUAUUGAUGAAAUUGGAAAGAAAAGCAUCACUUAUAUAUAAUUAAAUUGAAAAAGUCUCUAUUUUUCUCUCUUAUGGACCUUCACACAAAAAGCUAUAACUUUCAAUGGUUUUGCUUGCUCACUGAGGGGAUAAGUUAGUGAAAAAGAAAAUCCUAUAUUUCUAGAAAGCCAAAUAGACAGAAUAAAUGCUGCUUUAGAAGAAGCUUUAAAUGAGAUUGAAAACCGUUCCCCAAUACGAGUUGAGAAUUCUGAUAUCAUGAAAUCAAUAGGUUCUAUCCUAACAGCAGAAGAAGUAGAAUAUGACAGUCUCCGGCUAGAAGAGCAACUCCAAGUAUAUGACUCCUUCUAUAUCCAAGACGAUUUUGAACAAAAACUUGAAGACUUGCUAAUUCAGCUUGACCGCUACCAGAUGAUAAUUGAGGAUUUUAGCGCUUUUGAAAUGAGAAUAUCCGAAAAUCCAAAACAUUUAAGAGUUUCAUGCACAAAUAUAGACGUCUUUAAUAAUAUCAGGAUUUUUAAUCGCAUCCUUGACAAUAAGUCGGAUCAGUCUGUGGAAAUUCCUUUUGGAGACGUUGUGUUGAAUUUAGACAUUCAAUAUGAAGUCCUCUCGUAUCAGGAUAUUGCGAAAGAAAGAUCAGAGGAGUAUAGGACCAAAGAAUAUUUGGAAGGCUAUAUAAGAGAAUUGGAGAAUGAAAUCGACGAGUUGAAAGACGCUCAAAUUUUGUGUGAAAAUUUUCAUGGCGGGAUGAAUAAAAAUUCCUUGGAAAAAUCAAAGAAGUCAUAUGAAAAAAGCUGAAGGGAAAAUUCUAUUAGUAUAUGCCAUAUUUAAUAGAAUGUAAAUAAAUAUGAUAUUGUGCCUAAUUAAUUUUAAUUUUAAUGAAAUGGGAAUAGAUAGGAUAAGAGAAGAAAUUACCUCAGAAAUUGAAAUGAAAUAUGCAUUAAACAAAGACCCACAAUCAGAAUUGGCACAAGAGUAUUUAAAUUCACAACAAGAAGAACUAGGUGAAUUAAAAGCCCACUAUCUGAUGAGAAUUAGGGAAUUAAAUGAACAAAAAUCAAUGCUAGUGAAAAGGGAAAAUGAGCUUAAAUCAGCUAAAUCCUCAUAUGAAAGAGAAAAGCAGAUAUGAAGAGAUCAAAUGAGGAUUCAGGAGCAAGAAACUUACAAAUUAAAGAGGCACUUAGAAAUGUUUUUUAAAAAUUAUGGAUAUCAAGAUUUAAGUGUAAGCUCUCAACAAUUAUUAUCAAAAGAAGUUGAUUUUGAUUUUUCUAUUGAUGAUAGUUUUGUGUCAAGCUCUACAAAGACCCGAACACCUUCAUAUAGAUUUAAACAAGUUAUAGGGCUUCAGGGACGUCUUGAAGAGCUUGAAUCAAAAAUAAAAGAAUAUUCAGAAACCACUGGGGAUCCUGAUAAAAUUGAAUUGAAAAUUGAUAACGUUAAAAAUAAAAUAUCAAAUUUAAGAGGAGAAAAAGCCAUUUAUGAAUCUUAACUUAGAGUAUUAUAGAGUAGUUCCCGAUAGCCAUUUCGGCUUUUAAGGCCUUUGAUCACUCUACCCUCUUGCUUCUCUCAGACGAGGACAUGCAUCGCUACCUGAGAGUAAGGACGCUGGGUCAUGUGCCAUACUUCAAUCCUUUCCAAAAAUUCAAAAAGUGAAAUUUCCCAUCAGGCUAUUGGCUAGAGUGAAAUUCGUAGCCUGGGCGCAGCUCCUGGUAUAGUGCUGGGAAAUUGCCCGAUGGCCAAGUGAAUGCCCUCUAGCCUUGCUGGCUACAUUUACAAGUUCCAAGUUUGCCCUAGGUGUCAGUCUGCAGUCGGUCAGACCGAUAGUACGCUCCACCAAGCCAAGUAAAACCAGCAGGAUACCCUCACUCAACCCUCCUCUUCCUUCUAGAAGGUCUCCAGGCCACCUUCUAACUACAGGCGUUAAGAGGGCAUGCUAUUUCUCCACACCAUUUUAAGCGUGCCAUUUAAGAAUCAAAGAAGCAGGUAAGAUCACUAGCUCAUAUGGUCAGAGCUAUGGAAAAAGAAUCUGACAAUAAAGAGAAAAAAAGAAAAGAUUUAAUUCAGCAAAUAUACAAAAAAUACGGCAUUGCUUCGAAAAUUAUGAUGAGCCAGUAUAGCAGAACAAGAAAACUUGAAACUCCUAGGGCACAAGCGUUUUUAUUUCCAAUUCAAGAGAAUUCGCCUGAGAGAUGCUCAACAACUGAGAGCCCUGAGCAGCUUUCAACUAAUUAUUCAGAUAUUCUGAUGCCUCAAGACCCAAAUUUAUUAUCCUUAACCCAUUCCAAUCAGUAGCAAAAACAAAUCUUUUUAAUUCAGUAAUCAUAUAAAAUAGUAAUAUUAAUCUGUUUUAUCAUGAUUAUAGAUUUUUAAACGGAAAUAUGGAUUUAUUAUAUUUCUGAAAGAUAUUUAAAUUUUUGCAAUUAUGUUAAUCAUUAUUUUCUCCUCUUCAGAUUUUAUUUACUAUUAAUAAGGGGCAAAUUAGAUAAAAAUUCGGACUAUCUUGAUCAGAAAGAAAAUCAAUUUACAGAUGAUGAUAGAUAUUUCCAAGAACUCCUCAAUAAAAUUCCUGACUCUAAAGAUUAUUUUGAAAUAUUAAAAGAUGAAAAAAUAGAAUUAGAAAGAGAAAAAGAGAGAAUAAGCAGCGAAAGGGAGCAUAUCAAGCAAAUUAAAGAAAAGCUUGAAGAAGGGAAUGAAAAGCUUAAUAAAAUAAAAUCAGAACAGAUGAAAGAAAGAAAAUUAAUAGCUAAAGAGAAAAAAGAACUUACUCCCCCCCCCCUCCGUGAGUGAACAAAACCAUUAGAAAAAUCGCUAUUUUUUGCCCAAAAACCCACCCUCCGUGAGUGAACAAAAAUUUUUUUAAUAGAAAAAUUUUUUUAUGGAAAAAAUUUUUGAUAUAUAAAUGAUAAUUAUUAUAAUGAAAUCUAGAGCUAAUUCUGUUUAAUUUUUAAACGAAUUGCUUUUUAAAACAUAAAUUUUAUAAAUUAAAUAAAUUUUUGCUUUCCAAUUUUUGCGAAUUAGGAUUUUUUAAAUUUCGAAAAAAAAUAUUUUUUAUAAAAUUUAUAUAUAAAUUUUUAAAAAAAAAAAAAAAAUUAAUCCCCCUCCGUGAGUGAACAAAAUUUUUUUGUUCACUCACGGAGGGGGGGGGGGGAGUUAACCGUUUACAUAAAAUUGUGUACUCUAUACUGCAAAAUUUACAAAUGGUCCCAUUGCACACAGUUUAA